UCGACCACCAGCAUUUGAAACGUACGAUAUGAUUACGACAGCCUUGAGUACAAGUGAACCAACGUUGAUCAAGAGGUUGACCCUUGCUUGGCUUGAUGGCAUGUUACUUAUCGUGGUUGGCAUGUCAAACCAAAAACGCUUGACAUAAUGCCCCUGGUUGGAAUUAUGGGUUGUUAUAUAUUCAACCUAACCAUGCUCGGCGACACUAGUGCUUCUCUCCUUUGGGCUCUUUCUUAAGCAUGGAUUCACAAACCUCCAUUGACCUCUCAAUCACCCUACAGUUCCGAGAUUAUUUUUUCGUAUCACUAGCGGUUUUUUGGGUCUACGACUGUUUCCUGACCUUGGACCAGGAGAUAUCUUUGAUUCAUAGGCCCCCGUGGAAGAAAGGACGCAUUCUUUAUGUCACGACGAGAUACUUGCCAGCCUUCUUGCUCUGUAUACACAUAUACAUGAACCAUCUCCAGAAUGAACAUUUUGUGACUUGUAAAUCCCUGCGUUCGAUGUGGUAUGUUCCUGCCGCACUCUGCAUAGCUGGUGCAGAAGGUAUCUUCGUCCUUCGCACUUAUGCAUUAUGGGGAAACAAGAAAUCUAUUCUGGCCCUUAUGUUGUCAACGGUACUCUGCCUGGCGAUCUCGGAUGUGGUAAUGACGACGGCAAUUUCGAGCCGGUUGGAAUUCCAACUAUCAAGCGGGGGUGGGGGUUGUUACUCACUGUCCCACAACAAGUUGGAAGGAGUUCCUUGGGCACUUCUGGUAGCAUUCGAGCUUGAGAUCAUAGUACUUACCAUGAUUCGUGUAUAUUGGGCAUACCGCGAAAGAGGGUGUCGGUUGCUUGAUAUCCUUCUACAACACAACAUUUUUUACUUCGGAACUGGGCUAACACUGUCGGCAUUCAAUAUUUUGGCCCAACAGUACCUGUCGUACAACUACUCAAAUAUGUUCGGGACGUUUCAAAUCGUCAUGCAUUCGAUCGUCGUUACUCGGAUGCACCUGCAGUUUUGCAGCACCAGUCAAGUUUGCGAUUUAUCUGAGUCUGCAAUGACAUCAUACUCUCAAUUGACACAUUUUGAACUUGAGACACGUUCGCACUCAGACGCAUGAUGGAUUCGAUGAAGCUUUUUCAUUCACAUAUUUUCCUGCUGUAUUGCAACUAGUAGCCUAAGCCUGUUGGCAUCAGGAAAAGUGAGGCUAGCACUAUAUAGUCCAUGUUAUACGAGUCGCUGAAUGGUACCCCCCCCCACUCUCGAGCAUCAGCAACAUCAGCAAAAUCUCACAUUUCCUUUUCCGUCUUGUUUGUAUUACUCACCUGAAAAAGUC